GGUGAGCGUCUCCUCCGGAUAGGCGAGCCCAGAUCCCACUGCACCGGCAGCCUCAGGUUUCGGCAGGUUUCUGCUCUGUCGUAAUGGCUCCUCCAUCAGUCUUUGCUGAGGUUCCUCAGGCCCAGCCAGUCUUGGUUUUUAAACUCACUGCCGACUUCCGGGAGGAUCCAGACCCCCGCAAGGUCAACUUGGGAGUGGGAGCGUAUCGCACAGAUGAUUGCCAGCCCUGGGUUUUGCCGGUAGUGAGGAAGGUGGAACAGAAGAUUGCUAAUGACAAUACCCUCAACCACGAGUAUCUGCCCAUCCUGGGCUUGGCAGAGUUCCGGACCUGUGCCUCUCGUCUUGCCCUUGGAGAUGACAGCCCAGCUCUUAAGGAGAAGCGGGUAGGAGGUGUGCAGUGUUUGGGGGGAACAGGUGCACUUCGAAUUGGAGCGGAAUUCUUAGCACGAUGGUACAAUGGAUUGGAUAACAAAGACACACCAGUCUACGUAUCCUCUCCAACUUGGGAGAACCAUAACGCUGUAUUUGCUGCUGCUGGUUUUCAAGACAUUCGGACCUACCACUACUGGGACGCAGAGAAGCGAGGACUUGACCUUCAGGGUUUUCUUAAUGAUCUGGAGAGUGCUCCCGAGUUCUCCAUCUUUGUCCUCCAUGCCUGUGCACACAACCCAACUGGGACUGACCCCACCAAGGAGCAGUGGAAGCAGAUUGCCUCCGUCAUGAAGCGCCGCUUUCUGUUCCCCUUCUUUGACUCAGCCUAUCAGGGCUUUGCAUCUGGAGACCUAGAGAAAGAUGCCUGGGCCAUCCGCUAUUUUGUGUCCGAAGGCUUCGAGCUCUUCUGUGCCCAGUCCUUCUCCAAGAACUUCGGGCUCUACAAUGAGCGUGUAGGGAAUCUGACUGUGGUUGGAAAAGAAUCUGAGGGCAUCCUGCGGGUCCUUUCCCAAAUGGAGAAGAUUGUGCGAGUUACUUGGUCCAAUCCCCCUGCCCAGGGAGCACGAAUUGUCGCCACCACCCUCUCUAACCCUGAGCUCUUUGAGGAGUGGACAGGUAAUGUGAAGACAAUGGCUGACCGAAUUCUGACUAUGCGGUCUGAACUCAGGGCACGAUUAGAAGCCCUCAAGACCCCUGGAACCUGGUCUCACAUCACUGAGCAGAUUGGCAUGUUCAGCUUCACUGGGUUGAACCCUAAACAGGUGGAGUAUCUGAUCAACGAAAAGCAUAUCUAUCUGCUGCCAAGUGGUCGCAUCAAUAUGUGUGGCUUAACUACCAAAAACCUCGAUUAUGUGGCUACCUCCAUCAACGAAGCCAUCACCAGAAUCCAGUGAAGAUGCGCUGUCCUGUCCACACCACCAAAGCAGUUCUCUGUCAUGUGUGUGCACGAGUGUUCCCUGCCUACACGAACCUACUUGUAUAAACUAUGCAUUAGAGACAGCUGAAGGACUAGAUACUGCUUUGCUGAGACCUCUCUUGAAGCUGGCCUCUGGUGAAGUGACAUCCCUUGAAAUGAAUUGGGGGCCUAGGUGUUGAGCAUUUUGGAGGCCAGAAUAAAUUAAGAGUUCUUAUUUAAGAGUAAGAAAAUAUUUUGAUCAUGAGAUAUAGAUACCUUGUAUAUCCCCCCCACCCCCAACUAGGCACAAGAGUGCUGCCCUUGUUGCUCAUGUUUUUUGUGUAUUGUUUGACUCUACAGUGUCUAAUCCCAAAGACCAAGGAGCUGAGUGUGGCUGUGGGUGUUAGCUGUGGCAUUAAACUCAUCCUCCGCACCCAGUGUCUUGUCUUCCUGCUCUGUCUGCAUGGUUGUGUCCUCUGAAACUUUGGUUCUUCCAGGUGACUGCAAUAGGAAAUAGUUGUAUCAUGAUACCUACACACACACAAUAUUUAACUGAAACAAAAGUCUCCAAACAGUAUCUACCCUUGUGAUGUGUAAUGAGUUCUGCUAUUUUUCUAGUCUAAUAUACUAUGUAUCAUUUCACGUAGAAAAUAAAAAUGCUGAUUGUGAA